AUGCCCACCGUCAGGAAGAGGUUCGCUGCCUCCCUUCUGCGCCAAAAGUCUCCUGGGCCAGAAGCUGCCAAGUCCCCAGCUGGUGUCUGCGAGCAUCUGUCCCUCUGCCCAACCCCAGGGAACACCUCCACCCAACGGCUGGACCUAGGGGCCCGCGGGCAGGUCCCCACGGGGGAGCCGGGGCACCUUGAUGGAGACAAAGCAGCCGCGGUGGCCAAGGAGGACGUGGGGACAAUGGAGGAGCCGCACCGAGAUGCCCGAGCGGCCGAGCAGGAGGGGAUGCCAUCCCCAGCAGGGGACACCAGCCGGUGGUGGUGUCACCUGUCCCCUCUCCCAGCAGGAGGCCUCCUCUGCCUGACAACGAGGAGCAACCCCUCGAACCUGCGGUACAAGGCGGAGCUGGAGGCAGUGCUGGAGGGGCUGGAGAGGCAGGGAGCCUGGCAGAAGGUGCUGGCCCAGGAGGUGGAGCACUGGGAGAGGGCCACCUCCGAGGAGCAGAGCACCCAGGGCACUGGCUACAUCCCCGGGGUGAUCUACAUCUAUCGGAAGUGCCCUGUACCGCCCCUCGAGGAGGACUGAGAGCUGAGGUGGCUCUGCAAGGCAGGGGGAGCGCUGGCCCCCUUGUAAAACCCAGCCCAGCAACCCCCUCCUCAGCAGGGCAGCUGCUGGGGGGUGACAACGUUUUGGGGAAGCAUCCCCAUUCCCUUACCCCAGAGGUCUGGGCCCUGGGGUCUCCUGGGCACCACCGUUAGCUCUGACAUUCAGGUGCCAUCCCUGACACCUCGGCCCUCGCCGUGACAUCUCACAGACCCACCUGGCUGUUCAGAGCCACCUUCUGCCCGGGUGCCUUCUCCCCGCCAUG